CCUAAUCAAAUUUUUUUCUCGUUUCUUUUCUCAUUUCUCAUUUCUCCGCUUGCCUUUUUCCAUCAGGCUAAAGGGUUUGUGUCAAAGGUUUCAUCUUUGGUUGGCCUAAACCCCAACUUGCUUGAAGUGAACCACAUCCGCCUCUCUCGUAGACGCAGCCGACAAUGUCGUCCUUGCUGAAAGUGAACCACCAGCUUGGGUUCUUCUCUGGAGGCAUAAGACCGACAAGUGCCAUUCGUCGGAAUCAAAGAUCAAGAUCAUCUGUCAUCUCAAUGUCGUCGUCCCUGUCAACGACACAACAUCUCGACCAAACGAUGUCGUCUCAGAACCUCAGCAUUCCCAUCAUGGUAAAUGGUUGUACAGGCAAAAUGGGGACGGCUGUUAUCAAAGCAGCUGAUUCUGCAGGAGUUAAUGUUGUUCCUGUAUCAUUUGGCUCGGCAGAGGAGUGUGGACAAAUUUUGCAAGUGCAUGGGAAGGAUAUUCUGGUACAUGGUCCAGCUGACAGAGAAAAGGUCCUUGCAUCUGUCUUCGAUGAACAUCCAAAUUUGAUUGUGGUGGACUACACUGUGCCUUCUGCAGUAAAUGAUAAUGCAGAGCUAUAUUGUAAUGUUGGAGUGCCCUUUGUGAUGGGAACCACUGGUGGAGACAGGGACCGGCUAUAUAAGACAGUAGAAGACUUUAACGUUUAUGCAGUAAUUUCCCCACAAAUGGGUAAACAGGUUGUUGCGUUUCUUGCAGCCAUGGAAAUUAUGGCAGACCAAUUUCCUGGGGCCUUCUCUGGGUACUCCCUACAGGCAAUGGAAUCCCAUCAAGCAAGCAAAGUGGAUGCAUCUGGAACUGCCAAAGCUGUUAUUUCUUGCUUCCAGAAAUUGGGAGUGUCUUUUGAUGUGGACCAAAUACAAAUGAUACGGGAUCCCAGGCGACAACUUGAGAUGGUGGGAGUUCCAGAGGAGCAUUUGUCAGGUCAUGGAUUUCAUAUGUAUCAUCUGACAUCACCUGAUCAAACAGUUUCCUUUGAGUUUCAGCAUAACGUUUGUGGUAGAUCAAUAUAUGCAGAGGGUACCAUUGAUGCGGUAUUAUUCCUUGCCAAGAAGAUCCAGUCGAAGGCUGACAAGCGGAUAUACAACAUGAUUGACGUCUUGCGAGAGGGUAACAUGCGAUGAAGAAGUGGGUAACAUGGGACUAAUAAGUAGGGUUUUGCAUACAGAUUUGUAUUAGUAUUUAACUUAGCUUAAGUUUAUUAGGUACUUGUUUGAGUAACAUGAGGAUGGCAAUUUUGCAUUCGUCAUCGUUUCCAUUACUAUUUUUCGUGUUUAUUUUUCGGAGAACCAUGUGGCUGAUGGUUGCAAUGAUAACUAGGAGUGGAGGCAAAUGCUAAAAUGUUGUCCAGAAAUUACCUCUACCGAACACGAUGGUGUGCCAAGAGCCAAGCUUGAAUACAUGCCAACUCUGGCUUUUGCUAAUCUCAUUCCUGCAGGGAAACCAGUCUGAGCUAAGCAUUGCUGAGCUUAGACGAGCUGACCCAUUGGAGCUCCAACGGUUAUGAUGUCUGGGCUUGUAUGAUCAAUUCACUGGCCUUUCUUGUUUUGUUUCUCUGUGCCUGGUUAGGAACGAAGGCAUAUCUUGAAUUUUGCAUGAAAUGUCAUGUAGACCGACUUUUUGGUGGA